UUUUCGGGUGGGGGAGGGGGCGCGUCUCGGCGAGUCACGUUGAUGGCGGCCGCCGGCCUGCGGUGAGGUAGCGGAUUCUCUCUCUGCUCGGCUCGCACAGCCCGCUCGUGCGUCCCGCGGACUCGGUGGCCGGCGCCCGGCGCGUGAGGAAGCACGGCGGCCCGAGCUCGCGGGGAAGGCGGCAGUCGCGGAGGGAGCGGCGCGGCCCGGGCGCGGGGCCGGGGGAGAGGCCGCUCGGCGGGGCGGAGGUGACAAGCCCCCUCCCCCCUCCCCACCUCCCCACCCCCCACCGCCACCGCCUUCCUCCCGGGAGCGCGAGGAGCGACCCCGGGGCCCCGCCAGGCCACAGACCCCGCCCAGCGGCCCGCGCCCGGAGCAGGCCCGGCGGCCCAGCUGCGCGCCGGCACCAUGCUGGUCACGCUCAAGACCCUCCAGCAGCAGACCUUCAAGAUCGACAUCGACCCCGACGAGACGGUGAAGGCACUGAAAGAGAAGAUUGAAUCUGAAAAGGGGAAAGAUGCCUUUCCUGUAGCAGGUCAAAAAUUAAUUUAUGCAGGCAAAAUCCUUAAUGAUGAUACUGCUCUAAAAGAAUAUAAAAUUGACGAAAAAAACUUUGUGGUGGUUAUGGUGACAAAACCCAAAGCAGUGACAACACCGGCACCAGCUACAACCCAGCAGUCGAAUCCUGCCACCACUACUACAGUUAGCUCCUCUACGGCUCCGACUGUGGUUCAGGCCCCAGCCCCUCCCGUUCUGGCUCCCACUCCUUCUCCUGCAUCUGUCACUCCAGCACCAGCGACAACAUCUUCUGAACCUGCACCUACUAGUGUGACACAACAAGAGAAACCUGCGGAAAAGCCAGCAGAGACACCCGUGGCUACAAGUCCAACAGCAACUGACAGUACAUCAGGAGAUUCUUCUCGGUCAAACCUUUUUGAAGAUGCGACAAGUGCACUUGUGACAGGUCAGUCUUAUGAGAAUAUGGUAACUGAGAUCAUGUCAAUGGGAUAUGAACGAGAACAAGUGAUUGCAGCCCUGAGAGCCAGUUUCAACAACCCUGACAGAGCAGUGGAGUAUCUUUUAAUGGGGAUCCCUGGAGAUAGAGAGAGUCAGGCUGUGGUGGACACCCCUCCCGCAGUCAGCACUGGGGCUCCUCCAUCUUCGGUGGCAGCUGCUGCAGCAACUACAACAGCAUCAACAACCACAGCGAGUCCUGGAGGACAUCCCCUUGAAUUUUUACGGAAUCAGCCUCAAUUUCAACAGAUGAGACAAAUUAUUCAACAGAAUCCUUCCCUGCUCCCAGCAUUGCUACAACAGAUAGGUCGAGAAAAUCCUCAAUUACUGCAGCAAAUUAGCCAGCACCAGGAGCAUUUUAUUCAGAUGUUAAAUGAACCAGUUCAAGAAGCUGGUGGUCAAGGAGGAGGGGGUGGAGGUGGCAGUGGAGGAAUUGCAGAAGCCGGAAGUGGUCAUAUGAACUACAUUCAAGUAACACCUCAGGAAAAAGAAGCUAUAGAAAGGUUAAAGGCACUAGGAUUUCCUGAAGGACUUGUGAUACAAGCGUAUUUUGCUUGUGAGAAGAAUGAGAACUUGGCUGCCAAUUUUCUUCUACAGCAAAACUUUGAUGAAGAUUGAAAGGGACUUUUUUUUUUAAUCUCACACUUCACACCAGUGCAUUACACUAACUUUGUUCACUGGAUUGUCUGGGAUGACUUGGGCUCAUAUCCACAAUACUUGGUAUAAGGUAGUAGAUUGUUGGGGGUGGGGAGGGAGGGAUCUAGGAUAUAGGGCAGGGAUAAAUUCAGUGCAUGUCUGCUUCAAUUAGCAGAUGCCGCAAAUCCACACAGUGUGUAAAAUAUUAUACAACCAAAAAUCAGCUUUUGCAGGUCUUUAUUUCUUCUAUAAAACAGUAGGUAACUUUUCCUAGGUUUCACUCUUUUUAGUGUACUAGAUCCAGAAAUUUAGUGUAAUGCCCUGCUUUAUAUUUCUUUGACUUAACAUUGGUUUCAGAAAGAAUCUUUGCUACCUAGAAUUUACAGUCUCUAUUUCAUGGCAACACUGGAUAAUGGCUUUGUGAAAUUGAAAAAAUUUUGGAGCAACUGUAAACAGAAAUGCCAAAUUACUGAUGGUUAUUGUUGCUGCUUCAAAUACGUAUUGAAUUAAUGUGUAAGAAAGCCCAUUCUUUCAUGUUAAAUACUUGGGGGGGGGAGGGGAUCCUUUUCUUAAAAUGAAAAUAAUUACUGCUAUUUUAAAAUUUCUUGAUCAUCGAAUGUGAGACCCUUCUAACAUGAUUUAAGAAGCUGUACAAGUAUAGGCAGAGUUAUUUUCCUGUUUACAUUUUUUUUUUUUUGGUUUGUUUUGGGAAAAAAUUGGUAGGUGUCUAAUUACUGUUUACUUCAUUGUUAUAUUGCAGUAAAAGUUUUAAAACCACCAUUGCAUGUUUGCUUUUGAUGUAUCCCUUUGUGAAAUUAGCACUUUGGGGCCAAUGGAGAAAUGCAGCAUUCACUAUCCCUCUCUUCCCCUUCCCUCUGCAGAAAUGUGUUUGUCAAUAAGUCGUGAGUUCAAAUUGCUGCCUUUUUUUUAAACCCACAAAAAUGCUGAUUCAGUUCAAAAUUAAUGCAAAUGUUUCAAAACUGGGUUUCUGAUAUUUGUAAGUGUUUUUCCUUAUUAGAUAAGAAUGUAUGACCAUUAAAGUCAUUAGGAUUAUAUUACUUUCAAAAAGAGAAGGUGGACAAAAGUAUAAUCCAGCAUCUUUUAUUGCAUUGGAAAGACUGGUGGAAUCUUCUGGAAAGGUUGGGAGAUGCAGCUGGAAAAGUACUUUGGAAAAUAUACAAUCAAGAAUAUCUCAUGGCAUAUUAAAAGAAAAAUCUUAAUAGCAGUGUUGGCUUUUAUUUGAAUUUUUUUCAACUGUUUUUAUUAGAAUCUUCAUUGGCAUUAUUAUUUGAUGAUAAAGAGGGGGAAUAUGUCUACUUGUUGAGUUUUUCAAACCUUUUUCCUGAAUAUAAAUAAGACUGUUUAAAGGAAUAGUUUUUUCCCCUACCAUCUGAUACCGAGUAAAGAAAAUGAAUUUGCACAGA